AUGCUGUCUUCCAGCCCUACCUCCUGCACGUCUCCCACUCCAGACGGGGAGAGCCCAGGUAAGAAGCUCCAGUGGGCUUCUGAGAAGAAGCGGCGGAGGACUUCAUCCACAGGCUCAGAGUCAAAGGCGCACGCGGACCCGUCCAAGGCGUCCAGGUUCCGGAGGUCCAGCCGGCUGACGGUGAAGUAUGACCUGGGGCAGCUGCAGCGCUGGCUGGAGAUGGAGGAAUGGGUGGAUGCUCAGAUUCAGGUGCUCUUCCAGGACCAUCCAGCCGCUUCUGAGAUUGAGGUCGACCUGGAGGCUCUGAUAGAACUGUCCACAGAGGAACAGAAGACGCAGCUGGAGGCCAUUCUCCAGAACUGCCCCCGUGCCACAGAGUCUUUCAUUUCAGAGCUGCUCAGCCAACUCAAGAAAUUCCGGAGGCUCAGCCGGCCUCAGAAGUAAUCCAGGAGAGACUGAUGGUUAGCAGGCUCGGCACUGCCAGCUCCCCAUGGGCCUCUGUAUCUUGGUGGAAGGACACAGCAGCUCCCAGGACUUGGACCAGG